AUGGUCACGAAAUCUGAUCACAGUAACCCUUUAGCCGUUACUAUACCAUAUCAAUUUACAUCAGCUGAUGACUAUCCGACAGAAGUCCUCGCCAAUCGAUUCCAGGCAUGGCGAUACAUCAUCAAGGAUCUCGUGAGCUACUUGCGCGAGUAUGCUUCCGUGCAAGAGGAGAUUGUUCGUCAGCAAAUCCGUUUGCAACAGGCGGUAGCACAUCGUUCGGGUCCCACCUCCUCCAAUAAAGAGGUGGAUAUCAGUGAAAUAAACCGGUAUUUCUUACCUAUCGGUAACGGGUCUAUCCAAGACUUGCCCACCAUUUUAACCAAGUACCACCAACAGAACGUUGCAACCACCAACAAGACCUUAAAGGAGAUCACCACCGUGAUUGUCCCCAAGUUGGAGGAGUUGAGAAAAGACUUGUUGAUGAAGAUAAAGGAGAUCAAAAACUUGCAGAACGACUUCAAGAACAACUUGAGCAAAGAAGUUAAUGAGACCAAGAAUUUGCUCAACCAGUACUACCAGGCGGUUGAUAUUUCCAGUAAGUUGGAACACGGCUCGGUUCAUCAUUCGGGGGAUGCGGCUGAGCUGUUCAAAUACGAUCCAUACCUUGUGAAGAUAAAGUUGGACAGACAGUUGAAAAAGCAGUUGCAGGAAGAGAACUACUUGCACCAGGCCUACGAGAAUUUGCAAGAGAGUGGUCGCAAAUUAGAAAGUAUCAUUGUCAUUGAACUCCAGAAUUACUGGGGGAAUUUUUUGAACAUGUUAUCUGCUGAGCAUGCUUCUUUUUCCAACUUUUUGUUGCCCAACUUGAAUAACGGCUUUUUGGCCAAAGAAAGCACUUUUGAGUGGGAUUCGUUUAUCGCCAAAAAUUUACCCUCUCCUUCCAUCUCGGUCAAUGCCGUGGGGAACUCGAACUCGUCCAUCAAAAAUGGUACGUUUAUUGACUUGAACUUCCACUCGAGAAAGUUCAGCGACUUGACUAUAAACAACUACAGCUCGCCAUUGAACAUGUCUGUGCGUGAAGGCUACUUGGAGAGAAAGUCGAAGUUCUUGAAGAGUUACUCCAGAGGUUGGUAUGUGUUGACGUGCAACUUCAUUCAUGAGUUUAAGACCUCCGAUAGAAAAAAAGAUCAGACUCCAGUUACCUCCAUUCUGUUGGAUAAUUUUCAAGUCAAUGAUCACACUAAGAACAAUGGCAAGUCUGAUAACAGCUAUAAGUUCAUAUUGAGCUCGAAACCCAACGGAAUCAUUCACAGAAGUCAGACCUGGGCAUUCAAAACUGAUAGCUACGAAAAUAUGAUUGGAUGGUACAACGAUAUCAAUAAUUUGGUCAGUUUGCCCAACGCGGCUGCUAGGGCCCGGUUCUUGAGUAAGAGGUUGAAUUUGAAUAACACUAAU